AACUUUUGCCUGUCGCCUGAUUUUGGGACAGCUCCACACAACAUCCUAACACCAACUGGGGAAACUAAUCCAUCCUUUAUUUUUCAGCCAAAUACAACAGCACAGUUUUUUUUACAUUACAGUAACUGUCAUGGAGGUGCAACUAAAGCAAUCUUUUUGCCACACCUGCUUGAAAAAGGAGAGUUUCACAAAUAAGGUCGUAAAGAUGUGCUGGUCCAUACGGAUAUCCAUAUGCAUACUGAUUUUAACCCUGUGCACCUUCGAGGGCGCUUCAGCCGAAACAUUAUGUGGUGGAGAGCUGGUGGACGCCUUACAGUUUGUCUGCGAAGAUAAAGGCUUCUAUUUCAGUCAACCAAGCAGGUCGAACAAUCGGCAUGGACAACGUCGUGGGAUCGUGGAAGAGUGUUGUUUUAGGAGCUGUAACCUAGCUCUCCUACAACAGUACUGCGCCAAACCCACCAAGUCAGAAAGAGAUGUUUCAUCCUCGACCCCGCAGGACAUGCCAGCAUUAAAACAGCCGCAGGAGAACCCAAGAAAGCACGUGUCCAGCAAAUAUUCCAAAUACAACACGUGGGAACGAAAGGCCGCCCAGAGGCUACGAAGGGGCGUCCCGGCCAUCCUGCGAGCCAAGAAGUUCAGACGGCAGGCGGAGAGGAUCAAGGCCCAGGAGCAACUCCACCACCACAGGCAUCUCAUCACCCUUCCCAGCAAGCUUCCGCCCAUCCUGCUUCCCACAGAAGACUAUGUCGGUCACAAGUGAAACCAGGAUCAUUUGCACAGAGUUGAUCAAAAAAAGACUAGGGGAUCAAAGCUUUCUGUCUCUGACGUCAGAGACACUGUGGCAACCCUCCAACCCACCUUGCUUCCCAAACAGACACGCUCUUCCAGUUUCUAUUCUCGCUGUUUCAUUCACCAACGAGAAGGAAAAGCCGCACACAAUUCAAGUUAAGAAAUGAAAGAAAUGAGAUGAGACGCGACAUCGCUGAACGUUUAGCCGGUUCGGAGGACAUCGGGACUCGAGGAACAGCUAGCAUGACAGCACCCAUUCCACUGCAUUCUCCCGAGACAAAACUAUCUCUCUUUUUUAACCUAAUAGUUUGCACCUCUAACUAUAAAGGGACAUCCACACUGUAAGGAAUUGUGUAAAAUUAGAUUCCUGUUCCAGCACCUUGUAAUCACAGAUGAAGAGAGGAGAGUCUGCAAAUUGCACAUCGCCACGGAUUACGUCAAAGUAACUAUAAAAAAAGGCACUAUUUUUAUAUGGACUAUGAACGUGUAGCUCAAAAAUGUCAUGGUGCUAGCUUUGGGAACGGACUCAAAGGAGAAAGGGUUGUAAAGCAUGUUGUUUUCCUUUGAAAAUGUAUUCAACUUUCCGUUUUAAGGAAAGUGACUCUUGAACUAGAAAACAAGAGCAUUUCGGCUGCGGGGAUAUCACUGCGUGCAGCUGUCAGUUGUUAUAGAGACAUGAAAUGAGGUUUGGCCUUGAAACGAGGCUUGGCCUUUGGUCCUAGCGCUGCUGUUGCGAUUAAAGCAAGGAACGGUGUAGGGACAUGUCGAAACGCCUGGACGUGGUGAACUUCACGCAUCUCAAGCGUGGCUGCACAGAACCCCUGCGUUGCACUGCGGGAGAAGGGACAUUAUGAUUCAGAAAAAGUGGGAUGUUUGUAUUUUCUAUGUUUUCUUUUGUUGAACACACUUAAAAAAAUAAGGAAAAAAGGCCGGUGUUCAGUGUCUGGUACCGUGACAUUCUCAUUGUUGCGAAAUAGGCUUUUUGUUACGUUAUUUACAAAAAGGCACAAAUAUCGAUUCAAAGGGAAAAAACGCAAUAAUGUUAAUUAACAUAUAUUUUUAACGUUUAUCAGUAGUAUUCACAUGCUUUUGCCUGAAAACAAAUACUUGAAUAUAUAUAUAUAAAUAUAUUAAAUAUAAAUAUAUUAUAAUUAGUUUCCAGGGACAUCAUGUAAUAUUCUUUUAGUCUGAGCUGUAUCUUGCAUAAUGAGCCGCCAAGCUUCUCUUUGUUUGUUUAAGUAAAAAUAUUGGCACUGUAUAAAGGCAUUAUUUAUUUUAUUAUAAAAUGAUAUAUUAAAAUUGGUCCAAAUACAAAAUAUACAUAGCACUGACGGAUUCCCAUUUUACAUGUACAUGCUUUUGUAGAUGCUUUGUACCAAAAAAUAAUAUUUCCUUUUUGUUUUUUAUUUUUUGGUUCGCCACCGAUAUCAAUAUUUUUAAAGCAUUUGUAGCCGGGAUGGCUUAGGCAUGACGUAACACAUAAAAUAGACUUUUUCUCAUUCCUGCAUUACUUUAUAAUGUGCCAAAUGGGAAUCUCAUUGGCAUUUAUUUCAUCACGUAUCUGCAUACAGUACACCAGGUCUUUAUAUACAUAAGCCACUACAUUUUCUAAGCCACUUUAAUGCAGUUUUAUCAUAACUGUUGCUUCUUUAAAGUAUAGUACAGAAGAAACACAGGGGGUAAAGAGAGGAAGAUGAAGGUCAAAUGUUUCCUGCCAUAGGGCAGGAUGAGAAACAAAUCCAAUAUGAGGACUAUUUAUCAUAUCCAUUCACCGAUAUGCCCUAAAUCCUAUAUUUCCUUUUUGAGUCCUCAAUGCAUCUCGAUCUCAGUUGUUGAAGGGCUAGCGUAGUAAACCACACUUCAAAUAGUUACCCUAAUACCGCAGUUCAACAGUGGCUUCACGUAUGUGGAUUUGGGAAUACAAGUAAAAAUACAAAUUUUUGGACAGCAUUCCUGGAUCUUUUCUCGUUACAAGGUCAUGAAAAUGAACUCAUAGCAUUGCAAUGCAGUGCCCGCGGUCGACCCCUCUGCCUUGAUAAUCGAAUAUUUAUUCAUAUCAGUUGUGACAAAACAGUGCAAUUAUUGUAAUUAUCACUAUUAGUAUUUUUUAUUAAUCCCGUAUUUCUGGAAACAUUGCAAUUUUUAUUAAGGUAUACCUGUAAGGACUGCAUUCUCUGUUGCUUUUGUUUGAUCCGGUCACUCCCUGCUGGAAAAACCAGCUUAAUUCCUAUGCUGGUCCAUGCUGUUUUUUCCAGCAGGGCUUUCAGUGUGAAUGGCGCAAAGGAAGUCUUUCAGCGCAAAAAAAAAAAUGAAGGGAUAUGUUUUAUUUCCUCCACCAUGGUUUAAUAUCAGUAGCUCACGCAGCCUGUGUGUUCAAAAUUGAUUUAAACGCUGCACGCUAGAACGUCCGAAAUGCACAAUUCAUGUACUUCAUUUUUAAUAUCAAUAAAACCAUUUUAUCAAACGUUUCA